UGCCGAUAUAUUAGAAUCUUUAAAUCGAAAUAACAAGUCAGAUAUCAAUGUUGGUAAACCUCAUGUUCAAGUGCGUUCUAACUAUAAUAAUAAUUAUAACACUAAUAACCAAUUUCUAAAACAAGGACAGGGACAAGGAAAUCAAAUAAAAACAUUUUUUAGUUAUAAAAAUAAUAAAAAUAAACAAUCAAAUACAAAAUUUUUAUGUAUAAUUUGUGAUAAGAAUCAUAAAAUAUAUGAUUGUCCUACUUUCAAGGACAAAGGUUUAGAUGAGCGAAUACAAGACGUAGUGAAAUAUAAACUAUGUCAGAUUUGUCUAAGGCAAGGUCAUUCCGUAAAUGAUUGUCGUAUGGGACCUUGUCGUGUGGCUGGAUGUACGGAAAAGCACAACAGUAUGCUGCAUUGCUCAUCCAACCCAUCUACAUCAAGCUCUCCUAAAAGAGACAGCGAUCAAACAAAUAUUUUUGUAAAUUAUGCUAACGAAGACACAUGUCACGUACUGUUGUCCACUGCUUUUAUUGAGGUGUCGGAUCCACUUGGUCAGCAAAAGAUCAAGGUUCGCGCGCUUCUAGAUUGUGGAAGUCAAGCUUCUUUUAUAACGAAAUCUUUGCAGAACAGAUUGUCAUUAAAGCCUAAUCAAGUUGACACUCUAAAGGUCAUCGGCAUUGGCAACUGUUCAAGUAGUGUAACUGAAACUUGUAAUAUUCAAAUAAAUUCAUUAAACAGCAAUUACAGUUCAAUGUUGUCUUGCUAUGUUUUAAAAGAAUUAACAGGGCAAUUACCUAAAGGCCCAGUAGAAAUAACAUUUAAGUUGCCUAGGAACAUGCAGUUGGCUGAUCCAAGGUUUGACCAACCUGCUCCAGUAGACGUCUUGAUAGGUGCAGACUUAUUCUGGGAUAUAAUAAGCGAUGGGCAAUAUUCGCUAGGCAACUGUGGUCCACAGUUAAGAAAUUCCCAUUUAGGUUGGUUAAUAUGUGGUCCUAUUUAUUCAGCAAGGUCUAGCAGAGCCAUUCAGUGCAAUCAAUGCUUAGUACCAUCUCAAAAGAAUAAAUUGGAUAAUCUGUUGAUAAAGUUUUGGGAGAUAGAGGACUUUCCCUAUAACUCAGUAUGUAGGAAAAGUUGCGAUGAUAAGGAAAGUGAACAGCAUUUUUUAGAAAACACUACUAGAGAUAGUGAUGGUAGGUUCAAUGUUAAAUUACCUUUCAAAAGGGCUAUAACUUGUUUAGGAAAUAGUUAUGGUUUAGCUAGAAAACGAUUUUAUAAUUUAGAAAAAAGAUUUAGGCGUGAUUCUCAAUUAAAGAUAGACUAUUCCAAAUUCAUUGAUGAGUAUAAAGAAUUAGGGCAUCUGUCAGUUUUAUGUCAGGGUAAGAUAUUUGAUGAAGGUCCACAUUAUUAUUUAUGCCAUCAUGCAGUGAUCAGGUCAGAUAGUGAGUCUACUAAGUUGCGCGUAGUGUUUGACGGUUCAGCAGCCACUACAACUGGUUACUCGUUAAAUGAUCUAUUAAAGGUAGGACCGAGCAUACAAGAUAGUCUUUUUUCUAUUUUGGUACGAGCAAGGCAACAUAAAUACUUACUUACGGCUGAUAUAGAAAAAAUGUAUAGGCAAGUAAAUGUUAAAGAAGGUGACAAAAAAUUUCAGCUGAUACUUUGGAGACCGAAUGAAUAUCAGCCUAUACAAACAUUAGCUUUAAAUACCCUGACAUAUGGAACAGCAUGUGCAAGUUACCUUAGUACACGAUGCUUAUGGCAAAUAGGCCAAGAGCAAGACGAUGAACUCAUAAAGGUCAUCAUCCAAAGAGAUUUUCUUGUAGAUGAUUUGUUGACUGGAGCUGAUGAUCCAGAAACAUUGAUUUAUAUACAAAAGGCUGUUUCAUGUGCUUUAAAGUCAGGAUGUUUUAAUUUACGAAAAUAUAAAACUAAUUUUCCGUCAAUUUUUACAAAAUUUGAAAUAAACAAACAAGAUAAUUUAAUAUUGAGUGAAUCCUCCAGUACUUUGGGUUUAGGUUGGACUCCUUCUACUGACACUUUUCAUAUACCAGUAAAAGAAAGUAUAUAUAUAACUGGACAACCAAUCACAAAACGAUUUAUUAUGUCAAAUGCUUUUAAAAUAUUUGACCCGUUAGGAGUAUUAAGUCCAGUUAUUAUUACGUAUGCGUGGGCAAACUCUUCAACCUAAAAUGGGAAAUCUUCCAGAACAGCGGAUUGCCCCAGAUUACCCUUUUUUAGCUGUAGGAGUUGACUACGCAGGUCCAUUUCUUAUAUUGAAUCGCAAAGGACGAGGAAGCCGCUUAAUUAAAUGUUAUUUGUGUAUAUUUAUUUGCUUGCGUUUCAAAUGUAUACAUUUAGAAGCUGUUAGUGACUUAACUAAAGAAGCUUAUAUAAUGGCACUACGUCGUUUCAUUGCUCGUCGAGGACGACCAACGGAAAUAUUUUCUGAUAACGGUACCAAUUUUGUAGCUGCAGCGCGAGAAUUAGGUUCAUUUAUCAAACAAAAUAAAGAUUCUCUAUUUGACUUUGCAAGUCAACAAUCAAUUAAAUUUAAUUUCAUUCCGGCAUAUACUCCUCAUUUCGGUGGUAUUUGGGAAAGUGGGGUAAAAUCUGCUAAGCACCAUAUACGGCGUGUUAUGGGAAACUGUCAUCUUACUUUUGAGGAAAUAUCAACUUUAUUUGCACAAGUAGAAGCAAUCCUAAACAGCCGUCCCUUGUGUCCCUUGUCAUCUUCUCCCGAUGACCUUCUUACCCUUUCCCCAGGACACUUUCUUAUUGGUCGACCAUUAACUUCGCUGCCUUCUAAAGGUCUUGAUGAAUUCAAAUUUAGUCACUUACAAAGGUACCAGAGAAUUGAGCAAUUAAGACAGCACUUUUGGAGACGAUGGCAAAAGGAGUAUGUGGUGGAAUUGCAACAGCGCACUAAAUGGAGAGAGAACUCUGCCAAUCUUAAUAUUGGGGACCUAGUGCUGAUAGCCGAGGACAAUACUGCCCCUCUCUGCUGGAAGUUGGGUCGAGUGCAGCGGCUGAUAAAUGGCUUAGAUGGAGUGGCCAGAGUGGCAGAAAUUAAAACCAGCAGCGGCUGCAUUACACGUUCGUUGGUCCGGCUGUGCAAGUUGCCGGUACAAGAAGAUUAAAUGAAGAAUGUUGAAAGAGUUUCAACGGCCGGGAGUAUGUUGCGACAUUGCGCAAUGUUUAUAUCAGGCGCAUUUUUUCAUUAUAAUAAUUGUAAGGUGGGGCGACGUGCGCCAUCACUUCUCUUUGUACUCGACUAGCGAAAGGUCAUAUUAAACAAGUUUGUACAAGAA